GCUGGAAGCCGGCCUUAGGACCCGGCGGAGCGCCGCGGACGUCACGGAGCGGCGCCCUGGCCGCGGGUUGAGCGGGAGGCGCGCGGGAGUAACCCGAUCCGUGGUCUCCCUCGCUGGGGGCCGGGCCCCUAGCCGGGAAUUGAGGCCGGAGCCGGUGUCGGGAAGGAUGACCACGCUCACGCGACAGGACCUCAACUUUGGUCAAGUGGUGGCCGAUGUGCUCUGCGAGUUCCUGGAGGUGGCGGUGCACCUGAUCCUCUACGUGCGUGAGGUCUACCCGGUGGGCAUCUUCCAGAAGCGUAAGAAGUACAACGUGCCUGUCCAGAUGUCCUGUCACCCGGAGCUGAACCAGUAUAUCCAGGACACAUUGCACUGCGUCAAGCCACUCCUGGAGAAGAAUGACGUGGAGAAAGUGGUGGUGGUAAUUUUGGACAAGGAGCACCGCCCAGUGGAGAAAUUCGUCUUUGAAAUCACCCAGCCCCCGCUGCUGUCCAUCAGCUCCGACUCCCUGCUGUCUCACGUGGAACAGCUGCUCCGAGCCUUCAUCCUGAAGAUCAGUGUGUGUGAUGCUGUUCUGGACCACAACCCCCCAGGCUGUACCUUCACCGUCUUAGUGCACACGAGAGAAGCUGCCACUCGCAACAUGGAGAAGAUCCAGGUCAUCAAGGACUUCCCCUGGAUCCUGGCAGAUGAGCAGGAUGUCCACAUGCACGACCCCCGACUGAUACCUCUAAAGACCAUGACAUCAGACAUCUUAAAGAUGCAGCUCUAUGUAGAAGAGCGGGCGCAUAAAAGCAGCUGAGGGUGCACCUGCCCUCCCCAGUACCCCCCAGGAAAGCCACGACUGUCAGACUUUGGGGGCCCAGCCUUGGGCCGUGCUGCAGGGCCACCCUGAUUCCAAGUGCUCUUAUUGUCUCUGUGUAUGGACCACCCCCGCCUCCAGCCCUGGGCUGCUCAGGCCUGGUUGCCUUCAUGGAGGAAUCGCUCCCUUCUCCGCCAGGAGGGCAGGGAAGAAUGCUGGGACCUCAGUUUCUCAGCCUUCUGGGAUUUGGCCGGCCAACGCUGUCUGUCUCAAAUGCUGUGCUGUGAGUUGUUUCAAUAAAGAGCUCCCAGGGCUGA